AAUUUAGAAUUGCUACUACGAGUAUCUUGACUGUUGCAGUCACAGGUUUCUAAACUCGAACAGGGUGGACAAGAAAUUGAAAGGUAACCUUAACAACAUUGUAAUUAAAUUAAAGCGUGUGUGGUUUAGCUGAAAAACAACAGCUUAUGUGGUUUGGUUUCUGAAACGGGCUAAAACUCUUUAGCUACAUUAGCAUACGUCCCCUGUUUUAUCAAUGUAAGGCACCAUCAGAGAUGCAGUUAUCCAUCUAAGUGAGCGAAAGUCUUAUUUUUUUAGUCUCUACCACUUCGUAACUUUAAUGCAAGUCAGGGAUUUUCUUUGGGCCAUCUUCCUCAUUUUAUUGUUUAAAGGGAUAUUAUAAAAUGUUCCUUCAGGGAUAGAAUAAGUUAUUCUUAAUCUUAGUAUGAUGUAAAAAAAAUAAUAAUAAUAAAAUUUAAAAAAUAAAUAAUAAAAAAGAAAAUGUUAUAUUUCAUAUAUCUUGGGUAAGUUAACACUUUAAGAUGUGCUGUGUAUAAAACUUAUUGCACUUUUCAGGUACAUUUUGCUUUGUUUACUGUGCCGAUCAGUUUACCUGCUCUUACUUGAUCUUACUUUGACUUAUUCUUUAGGAUGGUUCGGGUGGUGUUCCUCCAUCCAGACCUUGGCAUUGGUGGAGCUGAGCGACUGGUGGUGGAUGCUGCUGUUGCCUUGAAGUCUCAGGGAUGCAGCGUCCAGAUCUGGACGGCUCAUUACGACCCGACACACUGCUUCUCAGAGACCCUGGACCCAGAAUUGCCUGUGGUACACUGACACACAUCUUACUUUACCCCUCAUGUUGUCCCUCAUUGACAUGCAGUUGGGACAAUAAAUAAUGAAUGUAAAAUGAAGAAAUUAAUUGUUGACUUUUUUUAGAAGCGCAAACACACCAAGUAUUGUUUCUGUUGCCCCUCCAAUAGGUGUGUGUUGGUGACUGGCUACCUACCAGUGUGUUCGGUUACCUUCAUGCCCUGUGUGCAUACCUGAGAAUGAUCUUUGUGGCCUUCUACUUGGUCUUCCUCAGUGGGGUGGAGUAUGAUGUUAUCUUCUGUGAUCAGGUCAGUGGUUUCAUGCAGGAAUUAACUAUCAGUCUGUUUGGUCUUAACUUAUUUGAGCUCUUCAAAGCCUCUCUUAUCCAGCAACAAUCUUAAGGAGCAUAUCCUCCAUUGUUUGCUGUUGCCUGUCCCUUUGUCUUUCAUUUAUUGUCACACCCACAAACUAUACUAUAAAGUGCACACUCCCAUAUUUGUUUUCUGUUAUUUUAUCUUUAAUGCAAAUUCACUAAGAAAACUUUCUCUCACAAACCACACCUUUUCCCCACACAUAAUUACAGUACAGAGAAACUCAUAAUUAGACGAAAUCCUGCUUUACAAGAAUAACAGAGUACUUUUUUUUUAAUCUCUUUUUGUCGCCUAAAGUGGUGGAAAACAGCAUCGAGUAUUUGCACAGAAUGAGAUUUGUCUUGAGGCUACAUCAUUAUUGUUCUGCUGGAUGUUCAUGUUAUUUUUUCAUAUAUCAAGGUUGUUUCUUUCCCUUCUGAUUCACUCCAGGUGUCGGCCUGUAUCCCCAUGCUGCGACUUUCCCGUCACAGGAAGAAAGUUUUGUUUUACUGUCACUUCCCAGACCAGCUUCUGACUCAGAGGAAGUCGCUCCUGAAGAAACUGUACCGCGCUCCAAUUGAUUGGCUAGAGGAGCGCACCACUGGCAUGGCUGAUAUGGUGAGCUAAGUGUAUCACUCUGUAGAUUGCGAUUGUGUCAUUGCGGGACAAGGUUUUGUCCCAGUUUGCAGGAUAACCUAGUGACAUACAAGAGAAAAAUGUCAGAUAUGAUUUCGUACAAGUUAAAAAUUGAUCAGAUGAGACUCAGAGAUCUUCAAUUUAAGUGUACAGAUUUGUUUGUUUGUUUUGCAGUGAUUUGAAAGUAGCCAGAGGGUGCAGUGUGAGGAUUUCAGGUUCAGUCUGUAUGACAGUCAGGGGCUAGAUCGAUAUGGUGCUCUGCUGUGAUUCACAGUCUUGGGUGCAAGCACUGAAGAGGUUUUCCUCUCUAGAACAGCAGGGACAUGCAUUAUAAAAUGUCAUACAUUGGAGUCAAUUGUGAUGCAUGUAGUUAGAUUAUACAGGACAUAUCUCAGAUGUAUAUAGUUUAACACUUUGCAAAUAAGAAAUGCUGUGCUAGCUGAAGGCCUGAGGAUCAUGGUCAUCCAGUCUCAUUUUUUGACUUUGUCUUUUUUUGCCACUGAGAUUUCUUCAGAUUCCUUGAAUCUUUUAAUGACAUUAUGAUGAUUAUGAAAUCUCCAAAUUGAUAUACACAGUACCUUCAGGACAAAAAAAGGACAGACAUGAUUAUUAUUAAAGCACAGUGAUGGAUGAUUUAAUGUUUGUUCUUUAUAGUUUUCAUAAAGUGAAAAGCCUGCACAUAAAAACCAAGAUAUAAAUUCUGUUGUCAGCUCAGUCUUGUGUGCCUACAAAUAAAUUACAUGACAACCACACGCUUACAAAAUACUUCAGUGUAAAAAACAAAUACAGCCUAUUUGUUGAGAGUUUCAUUAGUUUAAUUAAGUUUGAUUUUGUAAGAAAUUAACCAACAAGUUAGGAGAGAUUCAGUGUCUCUCACUGAAUGAGUUCAGCCAUUAGUAAGUUCUAAAACUUUGCUGCAAUAAAAUACAUGAAAAUAUGAAGUUGAUAUUUCAGCAGCUUAAAUAAAUCUAAGUAAUAAUUCAAUUUGUGAUAUAGCCUCAUCUCCUCAGGCGGGAAGCGUUAAAGGCUCAGGGCCCUGAUAGAAAGGAAGUGACAUUUCAGUGUAAGUCCAGACUGCGGGAUAAUCAACGUCUGCAGGCUGUUAUCUGGCUCAUAAGGAAUUAAAACACCUGUGAUAUAUGUGAGAUCCUUAUGAAUAAUCUCUCUGUGCCUCCCCCUAGAUUCUGGUAAACAGCCAGUUCACUGCAGGCAUCUUCAGGGAGACCUUUCAACGGCUGAGUGAAGUCCACACCAAUGUCCUCUACCCCUCCCUCAACACGACAACCUUUGACCAGCCGUCCUCUGAGGUGCAGAGCCUGGAGGGGCUGCUCCCGGAGGGAACUUCUUGCCUGUUUCUCUCUCUGAACCGAUAUGAGAGAAAGAAGAAUCUGGGAUUGGCUCUGGAGGCUCUUGCAUUCUUGAAGAGCAGCCUCCCCCUAAAACAGAGAGCAGGUAUUCACCUGGUGGUGGCGGGGGGCUAUGAUGAUCGAGUUACCGAAAACGUUCAACAUUACACUGAAUUGAAGGAGCUCGCAGCACAGCUCCACCUGGAGGACUGUGUCACUUUCCUGCGCUCCCCCUCUGAUUCACUGAAGGUGGCGCUGCUGCGGGGCAGUGCAGCUGUGCUGUACACCCCAAGCAGAGAACAUUUUGGGAUAGUUCCAGUAGAGGCCAUGUAUUGCUGCUGCCCUGUUAUCGCUGUGAACUCUGGGGGGCCCUUGGAGAGCGUGGCCGAUGGGGAGACUGGCUUCCUGUGUGAGCCCACGGCAGAGGCCUUCUCUGAAGCCAUGGGGAGGCUGGUGGGGGAGCCGCAGCUCCGCAGGGACAUGGGACAAGCUGGGAGGAGGAGGGUGCAAGAUAAAUUCUCUCUGCAGGCCUUCUCAGAUCAGCUGUACGGCUACAUUUUGAGGUUGAGCCAGUGAUGUGAAAGCUGGAGGAGAGGCUCGAGUCAAACUGUUGAAAGCUGGAAAAGUUGUCCUCCUCUGAACUGUGAACUGUGUUUGGACGACCACAGACAGUUGACGUGCGUGUGUGUGUGUGUGUGUGUGUGUGUGCUGUCUUAACAGAGUGUCUGUGUGUGUGUGUGUUCGUGCGUGUGUGUGUGUAUGUGCAGGAAGGCAGUAGAGGGGUAUUAUAAGGACUUAGAGGACAAUCAAUCAGCAUUCCCCUGUAGGGGUUGCUGAGAGGGAGAGAAAAAGGAGGAUUCUCUGUACCAAUUAAGAAAAGAGUAACGAGUUUACCUACACUAUCUUUGGAAAAAUACCUCCCCUGCAAACGUGUAUGUGUGGGUACUAUUUUAUGUGUAGCAGCAGAGCCACAAAGAGCUCAGCAAAUGAGCGUACCAGCAAGAUUGAUUGUUGGAGUGAGAUGUUUUGCACUGUUUAUUUUUUAGUCUUUGUGUGUCCGAGGGAAGAAGAAGAACAAGAAGAAUGUAGUUACUGCUGUGUCCCAUCACGCGCAGUUCCCCAAUCAAUAAACGGGAUGCUUUCCACUACUUCCUGUCCGCACAGAGCUUUGUUCCCCCUCCUUGCAUUCAGAAAGGGCUGGCCUAUCCAUGACUCCUGCUGCAGAGGAGAGGUUAUUAGCAGAUGAUAGAGCGUGUUUGGCUUUAUUAGAGGUCUGGCUGAUGGCCAGUGUGUCUUUGUCUGGGUCAUUAUUAAGCAGGAGAACAGCAGAAGGUCAUUGUGUCUGCGAGCUCGUCUCCUCAGCUCCUCUACUGUAUAGAAAUGCUCUUAUUGACAUUCCAGAAGUCUUAAUAAACAAGAGGACACAUAGUUUUCUGACUCUUGCGAGCUUUUCUUUGUGGGAAAGUUUUUUUGGCCUUUAACAGAACGAGCUAAGGAAUCUGUGGGUGAGCAUGCAGACGGAAACAUCAUUCAUAGAGCGCUAAGGAUCCACAAACAUGAACAAACAAUGUUGGAGAGGGAAGUUUUAUUUUCUUAUUAGCAAAGUCAGGGUGACCGACGUAUUUGAGAAAGGUCUUGAGUGUACGUCUCCAUUUGUUCCUUGAUCUCAUCUGUAGAGUUUCACUUGUAAUUGCGGGAAAAACUUCCAAUCUUCACACAUUGUCAUUGUUUUACACAAUUGUCCUCAAAUCACAUUUUGUGGAACUAUCCUCUUUAGUUCUUGUCUUAAAAAUGCAGUAAGAAAAUGACUGAAAUACAUAGAUCAAACUUGAGUUAAAUAAAGCACAUGGUCCUAAUACGAAAAACACUUUCAAUGUCCAGUUUUGUACCUCCUCGUCCAUCUAUGUUCAAACUUAAGUCUCCAUACUCUGUUGUAGACCAACGCUGAUCAGUCUGAAUAAAAGAGCAGCAUGAAGUGUCCUCAUGUCAAUAA